UUCGCUCAUUCCUGCGCACCUCAGUUGAAGAAGGUGGACCUGGCAGCAGCCGCAGCGCACACCUUCUUUGUUGCAAACCCAACACACCUGCAGAUGCGGGAGGACAUGGCUAAGUACAGACGAAUGCGUGGGGUUCGGCUCCAGAGCUUCCGGGACCUGGAGACGCCCCCACACUGGGCAGCCUAUGACACCAGCCUGGAGCUCCUGGGACGCCAGGAGGCAGGACUGGCACUGCCCAAGCUGGAGGAGGCCCUGCAGGGGAGCCUGGCCGAGAUAGAGAGCUGCCGAGCUGGCUGCGAGGGGCCUGAGCAGCAGCAGGGGGCGGAAGAGGAGGAGGAGGAAGGCGCUGGACGCCAGGGGGGCCUCUAUGAGGCCAUUGCAGAGCACUGGAUUCGGGUCCUGCAGUGCCGGCAGCGCUGUGUGAGUGACACUGCCACACGUCCUGGUCGCAGCUUCCCUGUCCUGGACUUCCUUCCCAGCCAGUUGAGGCGGCUGCACGAGGCCCAUGCUCUGGUGGGGAAUCUGUCCCAGGCUAUGGAAAAUGUCCUGAGUGUUCUGCUCUUCUAUCCGGAGGAUGAGGCUGCCAAGAAGGCUCUGAACCAGUACCAGGCCCAGCUGGGAGAGCUGAGACCUGGCCUUGGGCCGAGAGAGGACAUCCAGCGCUUCAUCCUUCGGUCCCUGGGUGAGAAGAGGCAGCUCUACUAUGCCCUGGAGCACCUGGGGACCAACUUCCAGGAUCCCGAUCCCUGGACCCCAGUGGCCCUCAUCCCUGAGGCACUUAGAGAAAAGCUCAGAGAGGAUCAAGAGAAGAGGCCUUGGGACCAUGAGCUUCCACAGCCAAAACCCUUAACCUACUGGAAGGAUGUGCUCCUCCUGGAGGGAGUGACCCUGACUCAGGAUGCCAGGCAGCUGAAUGGGUCGGAGCGAGCAGUGCUAGACGGGCUGCUCACCCCAGCUGAAUGUGGGAUUCUGCUACAGCUGGCCAAGGAUGCAGCUGGGGCUGGAGCCAGGUCUGGCUACCGUGGUCGCCGCUCCCCUCACACCCCCCAUGAACACUUUGAGGGGCUCACGGUGCUCAAGGCUGUGCAGCUGGCCCAGGCUGGGACUGUGGGCAGUCAGGGUGCUAAGCUGCUUCUGGAGGCGAGCGAGCGCGUGCGGACCUUGACACAGGCCUACUUCUCCCCAGAACGGCCCCUGCACCUUUCCUUCACCCACCUGGUGUGCCGUAGCGCCAUAGAAGGAGAGCAAGAGCAGCGCAUGGACCUGAGUCACCCAGUGCAUGUGGACAACUGUGUCCUGGACCCCGACACCGGGGAGUGCUGGCGGGAGCCCCCAGCCUACACCUAUCGAGACUACAGUGGAGUCCUCUACCUCAAUGAUGACUUCCAGGGAGGGGACCUGUUCUUCACAGAGCCCAAUGCCCUCACUGUCACGGCCCAGGUUCGCCCUCGCUGCGGACGCCUCGUGGCCUUCAGCUCUGGUGUGGAGAAUCCUCAUGGUGUAUGGGCCGUGACACGGGGACGACGCUGCGCCCUAGCACUGUGGCACACGUGGGCACCUGAGCACAGGGAGCAGGAGUGGACAGAAGCCAAACAGCUGCUGCAGGAGCCGGAGGAGGAGGACGAGGAGGAUGAAGAGAUGCCCAGCAGAGACCCUUCCCCAGAACCCCCCAGCCGCAGGCUUCAGCGGGUCCAAGACAAGGCUGGAAAGCCACCUCGGGUCCGGGAGGAGCUGUGAGCAGCUGAGCCAGCUCAUUGUGGAUGUGGCCUCUUGACUUGUGAAACGUCACCUCCAUGCCAGGACCCACAAGAAGCCCCCAUGUGCCAUCAGGAGCAGAACAGCGAGCUGUCUGUCCCUGCCUCUCCACCAUUUGGGGAUCCACAAGGAUUGCUUAGCCCUGGGCUCAGAGGACACUGCACAGACUAGCCCAGAGCUUGCCAGGCCUGGGGAGCCAAGCUUGGCCUCAGUUGAUGGACCUGUAGCCCUAAGACAGAGGACACUGUGCCUCCCUGAAAAGAGAUGGUAGGGGCAGGAGGCUGACUGCUUUAAAUGAGGAUGAGAGGGGGCACUAACCCUGCUCCCCUACCAGUCUGUGCAAUAAAGAAUGUUAGGACCACUCA